AUGUUGAACGCUCUUUACAAGAGCGUCGUCUCGACAGUUGGCAAUGUAGCCGGCCUAGGAGGGUUGCCCAGCUCUAUGAAGUUCCAUAUAACGAAGAAAGUCGACUCGCACUCGCCUCUGAUCAUAGGCGGUCUCGAGGAUUUCGCGUACUCUAUCAUUUCUGCCUUGCGGUUUGUAAUAGUGGACGGGAAGUUAGUACACGGUAACAUCGGGCCUCAGUCGGUGUUUAUCACCCCUAAAGGAGAAUUUCGGCUUGGUGGCUUUGAGCUGGCCAGGCCGAUCUCAGAAGCUGACGGCAAUAGGCUUAUGUCCGACAUUGAGUCCUCGAAACUCACGAGGUGA